AUGCUGAAGGUUGGACAUCUGAGAAACACAAAUCGACAUCAUAAAUAUUGUCAACAGAAAUACCAGUCUUUUCUUAGAUAUCUAAUAAUAAACCAGCAUAGUGAUUAUUCUUCAAAGGAGCGUUCUUAACAUCAUCUUCUGUCUUAGCUUUUCCAGUAAGAGUUUCGUAAACGAUAGAAGAUAAAAUAGGCUUCAAAUUUGUUUCAAGAUUAGGUGAAAAACUAGUUAAUUCUGUACCAGAUUGAAGAUGGAUACAAAGGUUAGGAACUUUCAAAAUAGGACCAUCACUUUAGUAAAGAGUAGUCUUGUAUUAAUCUCUAUCUUUGUAUACAACUCUACCAGCUAGUUGCAAAUCUCUAUCGAACCAUGUGUGCCAUAAAGCUCCACCAUAAAUGUGAACACAAGUUUGACGGAAGUUAAGUUUGUCGAUUUUGCUAACUGGAGCAAGUCUCAAUGCAGGUGAGUCAGUGUGAGCACCAAUAACCUUAAAGCCAGCAUUAGAAGCGUUGA